AUGUCCAAACGAAAAGGAGUGUCGGCAGAUGAAAAGCGUGUUAGAAUGCUUCAGCUAUUUUAUGAGAAAAAGGAAUUCUUCCAACUCAAGGAUUUGGAGAAAAUUGCUCCCAAAGAGAAAGGUAUCGUAGCUCAAUCUGUUAAAGAUGUGGUACAGGCUUUGGUUGAUGACGGACUGAUUGAUACUGACAAAAUUGGAACCUCGAUCUAUUUUUGGGCAUUUCCCGGAAAAAAUAUUAAAUUGACUGAAAAGAAAAUUGAAGAAGCAAAUCAAAAAAUCUUUGAGGCUGAAUUGAAGAUUGCUAAAAUCAGUGAAGAAAUUCUCAGAGAAAAAGUUGGAAAAGAAGACUCGAUAGAAAGACAAAAAGUAAUGCAAGAGGUGACAAAGUUGCAACGAAGAGAAUCCGUACUGCAAAAAGAACUUGCAAAGCACAGGGCAAAUGACCCUGAAGAAAUUACAGAGCUGACUAAAAAAGCAGAGAAAUAUAAAGAUGGAAUAAAUGCAUGGACGGAUAACAUAUUUGCCAUACAGAGCUGGUGCAAGAAGAAAUUUGAUAUAUCUGAGACGGAACUAAACAAACAAUUUAAUAUCGCCGAAGAUUUGGAUUACGUAGAAUAAGGUUAUGUCGAUUAUAUUUCUGAGAAUCCUUCAAAUGCGUACUUCUGAAAGUUUGGUGGGAUUAAUGUAUACUCAUUACGUACCAUUCAACUAAAAUUCCUUUCAUAACAUUCA